GCAGCAAACACUGUGCGGACCAAAGGAGGAGAAAAUUUUUUUUAAAAGCUAAACGUGGAGCAGCCGGCCGUAGAUCGAGAAGGGGAAUCGAUGCGUGGAGCGCAAUAAUUUUUGUUUUUUAAAAAAGCCCCACAUACUCCGGAGCAAACAGCAUUUAAAAAGCUGCGACUCAACUGAAACCUAAGAUAAAACCUGUUCAUGCACCAUGGUUUUUCAAACUCGGCACCCUUCAUGGAUUAUUUUAUGCUACAUCUGGCUGCUCCGCUUUGCACACACCGGGGAAGCGCAGGCUGCAAAGGAAGUACUACUGCUGGAUUCUAAAGCACAACAAACAGAGCUGGAAUGGAUUUCCUCUCCACCCAAUGGGUGGGAAGAAAUUAGUGGUUUGGAUGAGAACUAUACCCCGAUCCGAACAUACCAGGUGUGCCAGGUCAUGGAGCCCAACCAAAACAACUGGCUGCGGACUAACUGGAUUUCGAAAGGCAAUGCGCAAAGGAUUUUUGUAGAACUGAAAUUCACCCUGAGGGAUUGUAACAGUCUUCCUGGAGUCCUGGGAACUUGCAAGGAAACCUUUAAUUUGUACUAUUAUGAAACAGACUACGACACUGGCAGGAAUAUAAGAGAAAACCUCUAUGUAAAAAUAGACACCAUUGCUGCAGAUGAAAGUUUUACCCAAGGUGACCUUGGUGAAAGAAAGAUGAAGCUUAACACUGAGGUGAGAGAGAUUGGACCUUUGUCCAAAAAGGGAUUCUAUCUUGCCUUUCAGGAUGUAGGGGCUUGCAUAGCUUUGGUUUCGGUCAAAGUGUACUACAAGAAGUGCUGGUCCAUUAUUGAGAACUUAGCUGUCUUUCCAGAUACAGUGACUGGUUCAGAAUUUUCCUCUUUAGUCGAGGUCCGAGGGACAUGUGUCAGCAGUGCAGAGGAAGAGGCGGAAAACUCCCCCAGGAUGCACUGCAGUGCAGAAGGAGAAUGGUUAGUGCCCAUUGGAAAAUGUAUCUGCAAAGCAGGCUACCAGCAAAAAGGGGACACUUGUGAACCCUGUGGCCGUGGGUUCUACAAAUCCUCCUCUCAAGAUCUUCAAUGCUCUCGUUGUCCAACCCACAGUUUUUCUGAUAAAGAAGGCUCCUCAAGGUGUGACUGUGAGGAUGGGUAUUACAGGGCUCCAUCUGACCCACCGUAUGUGGCGUGCACAAGGCCUCCAUCUGCCCCACAGAACCUCAUUUUCAAUAUCAACCAAACCACAGUGAGCUUGGAAUGGAGUCCACCUGCAGACAAUGGGGGAAGAAACGAUGUGACCUACAGAAUACUGUGUAAGCGGUGCAGCUGGGAGCAGGGCGAAUGCGUUCCCUGUGGGAGUAGCAUUGGCUACAUGCCCCAGCAGACUGGAUUAGAGGAUAACUACGUCACUGUCAUGGACCUGCUGGCCCACGCUAAUUAUACUUUUGAAGUUGAAGCUGUAAAUGGAGUUUCUGACUUAAGUCGAUCCCAGAGGCUCUUUGCGGCUGUCAGUGUCACCACAGGUCAAGCAGCUCCCUCGCAAGUGAGCGGAGUAAUGAAGGAGAGAGUGCUGCAGCGGAGUGUGGAGCUUUCCUGGCAGGAACCGGAGCAUCCCAAUGGAGUCAUCACCGAAUAUGAAAUCAAGUAUUACGAGAAAGAUCAAAGGGAACGGACCUACUCGACAUUAAAAACCAAGUCCACUUCGGCCUCCAUUAAUAACCUGAAGCCAGGAACAGUGUAUGUUUUCCAGAUUCGGGCUUUUACUGCUGCUGGUUAUGGAAAUUACAGUCCCAGACUUGAUGUUGCUACACUAGAGGAAGCUACAGGUAAAAUGUUUGAAGCUACAGCAGUCUCCAGUGAACAGAACCCUGUUAUUAUAAUUGCUGUGGUUGCAGUGGCCGGGACCAUCAUUUUGGUGUUCAUGGUCUUUGGAUUCAUCAUUGGAAGAAGGCACUGUGGUUAUAGCAAAGCUGACCAAGAAGGAGAUGAAGAGCUUUACUUUCAUUUUAAAUUUCCAGGCACCAAAACCUACAUUGACCCUGAAACCUAUGAGGACCCAAAUAGAGCUGUCCAUCAAUUCGCCAAGGAGCUAGAUGCCUCCUGUAUUAAAAUUGAGCGUGUGAUUGGAGCAGGAGAAUUUGGAGAAGUCUGCAGUGGUCGUUUGAAACUUCCAGGGAAAAGAGAUGUUGCGGUAGCCAUAAAAACCCUGAAAGUUGGUUACACAGAAAAACAAAGGAGAGACUUUUUAUGUGAAGCCAGCAUCAUGGGGCAGUUUGACCACCCAAAUGUUGUCCAUUUGGAAGGGGUUGUUACAAGAGGGAAACCGGUCAUGAUUGUAAUAGAAUUCAUGGAAAAUGGAGCCCUAGAUGCAUUUCUCAGGAAACACGAUGGGCAAUUUACAGUCAUUCAGUUAGUAGGAAUGCUGAGAGGAAUUGCUGCUGGAAUGAGAUAUUUGGCCGAUAUGGGAUACGUUCACAGGGACCUUGCAGCUCGUAAUAUUCUUGUCAACAGCAAUCUUGUUUGUAAAGUGUCAGAUUUCGGCCUGUCCCGGGUUAUAGAGGACGAUCCAGAAGCUGUCUAUACAACGACUGGUGGAAAAAUUCCAGUAAGGUGGACAGCACCUGAAGCCAUCCAAUACCGGAAAUUCACAUCAGCCAGUGACGUAUGGAGCUAUGGAAUAGUCAUGUGGGAAGUUAUGUCUUAUGGAGAAAGACCUUAUUGGGACAUGUCAAAUCAAGAUGUUAUAAAAGCAAUAGAAGAAGGUUACCGCUUACCAGCACCCAUGGACUGCCCAGCUGGGCUGCACCAGCUGAUGCUGGAUUGUUGGCAGAAGGAACGUGCGGAAAGGCCAAAGUUUGAACAGAUAGUUGGAAUUCUAGACAAAAUGAUUCGAAACCCAAAUAGUCUGAAGACACCCCUGGGAACGUGUAGUAGGCCAAUAAGCCCUCUUUUGGAUCAAAACACUCCUGACUUCACUGCCUUUUGUUCAGUUGGAGAAUGGCUACAAGCUAUUAAGAUGGAAAGAUAUAAAGAUAACUUCACAGCAGCCGGCUACAACUCCCUUGAAUCAGUCGCCAGGAUGACUAUCGAGGAUGUGAUGAGUUUAGGGAUCACACUGGUGGGCCAUCAAAAGAAAAUCAUGAGCAGCAUUCAGACUAUGAGAGCACAAAUGCUCCAUUUACAUGGAACUGGCAUUCAAGUGUGAUAAGCGUUUCUCCCUUAUGAGGGAGACUAUGGACCACGAGAGAACAGUACUGGCCUUCAGUAUACGCGUAGAAUGCUGCUAGCAGACAGUUGAUAUCGUGGGUCCUUCCUACAGUGAAGAGAAGAUUUAAGAAGCACCUAUAGACUUGAACUCCUAAGUGCCACCAGAAUAUAUAAAAAGGGAAUUUAGGAUCCACCACUGGUGGCCAGGAAAACAGCAGUGACAAUAAACAAAGUACUACCUGAAAAACAUCCAAACACCUUGAGCUCUCUAACCUCCUUUUUAUCUGAUAGACUUUUUAAAAUGUACAUAAAGAAUUUAAGAAAGAAUAUAUUUGUCAAA